AUAGAACUGUUGGUGCUCUGAAGCCAUUUAAAUCUCCUUUAAUUGAACACAGGACCUCAGCAGCUGUUUAAUUAAACAGAAGUUCCCCGAUGAAACGCAACAUUCACUUUUAACUUAAACACUAAAUCCUGACAGAGGACUGUCAUUAUACAUGUAAUCCCUCUUGUUUAUGUUUUGGCAGCAGCUUCCAGCCCCCACAGGCAAAUCAGCGGGGAUGACAGUGAAAGGAAAUGGUCUUGUCAAGUGUGAUUCAUGGCUCCUUCCCCACCCCCCACCUUCUCCUGAUACCACUGUGCAGUCUCUGAACAGCCUGAAUGACCAGAUUGCAAACUUCAUGGUGACUGGACCCAAGCCCCUGGAGCAGGAGGAGCACGCUUUUAUUCCCCCAGAGAAGGAGACACUGCAGAAGUCCAUGACCCUGAUGAGGCACCUCCUGGUGGAUGCUCAGGCAAAAAUCCUGAAAAUGAUGGAUGACAACAAGCAGUUGGCUCAACGCAUAGAUGGGGCCAUUCAGUCGGCCAGCCAGGAGGUGACCAACCUGCGGUCAGAGCUGAGCGCCACAAGCCGCAGACUGACUGAGCUGGGGGCAACCGACUCCUCUGCCAGCAUGCUCGAGACCCUCCAGCACAACCACAACGAUCCCUCUCCCCACCCGAGGCAGAAGCCGCCCGCCACUGACCUCUGCUACACGAGUGAAAUCAGCAGCCUCAUGGACUUCAACUCUCCGGAUGCCUCCCUGGACAAAGUCCUGCUGCGUGAAGAGGUGGCCCAGCUCCAGGAGGAGGUGCACCUGCUGCGGCAGAUGAAGGACAUGUUGAGUAAGGACCUGGAGGAGACCCAGGGAGGCUGUUCGGCCGACGUGCUCUCCGCCACCGAGCUCCGCGUGCAGCUGGCCCAGAAAGAGCAGGAGCUGGACCGAGCCAAGGAGGCUCUGCAAGCCAUGAAGUCGGACCGUAAGCGUCUGAAGGCAGAAAAAGCAGACCUGGUGAACCAGAUGCAGCAGCUUUAUGCCACACUGGAGAGCCGGGAGGAGCAGCUCCGUGACUUCAUACGCAACUAUGAGCAGCAUAGAAAAGAGAGUGAGGAUGCGGUGAAGGCACUGGCCAAAGAGAAGGACCUGCUGGAGAGAGAGAAGUGGGACCUGCGGCGGCAGACCAAGGAAGCUACUGAGCAUACAGGGAUGCUGCGCUCUCAGCUCGACCUCAAGGAAAACCGCAUCAAGGAGCUGGAGGCUGAGCUGGCCAUGAUGAGUAACUGUGUCAAUCAGAGAAUGGAGUAUCGGGUGUUUGAGCGGCUUGGGGACAGGGACUGCUCUCCCAGGGUCGUGGCGGCCAAACAGUCAUUAGCCACCCUGACCAAGGACGUACCCAAGCGUCACUCUCUGGCCAUGCCCACGGAAACGGUUGUCAACGGCAACAACCAAGAGUGGGUGAUGCAGGCUGACCUUCCCCUGACUGCUGCCAUCAGACAGAGUCAGCAGACCCUCUACGUCCACACGGGUCAUCCCACUGACAGACAAGUGGCUGCUGUGCGGGUGAGCCCGUGCCACUCGCGUCAGCCCUCCAUCAUCUCCGACGCCUCGGCGGUUGAGGGAGACCGGUCAUCCACACCCAGUGACAUCAACUCACCACGACAUCGGACUCACUCUCUCUGCAAUUCCCUAGAAGAUCUGGAGGAGGCGAAGCGUAAGAAGAAGAAAGAGAAGAUGGGGCUGGGCUCUCUGUCACGUGUCUUUGCCCGGGGAAAGCAACGCAAGUCCCUCGACCCCGGUUUGUUUGAUGGUACUGCAACACCUGAUUAUUACAUAGAGGAGGAUGCAGACUGGUAAAGCACACAUGUCCGAGCGAUCCACCCGGAGAGCCUUUUGUGGCAAUUAUCAGAAGACAGCAUUGUGUUGAAGAGCAUGUAUGUGUAUGUGUGAGAGAGAGAGAGAAGACAGGUAUGCGUGUUUGACGUCAGCGUGUACAUAUAUAAAAAAAAUGUGCGUGCCUGUGCAGUCUCACGUGCAUGCAUACUUACGUGCGUGCCUGUGUGUGUGUGUGUGUGUGAGAGCGUGUGCAUGUGUGUGUCGUCCAUGGUAAGAGGCCAUGUCAGAAGCCGGAGGCGCAUCUGGCUUUGCUGAAGUGUAAACCUUAACGAGCAAAUUGCACCUGUAUGUAUGUACAGUCCUGUAAAUAGAGUGUGACACAGCGACCAUGUGGAUAUGUUCUAUUGUAUCUGCCCUCCAAAACGGCUGUGUUAUUGGAUCUUUUAAUUGUUCUUUACAUUUUGACUUUUUGUUUUCACUCAACUGGAAACUUGAAGGACUGCUGUACCUGUAAAUAACAACAGUUAAUGUGCACUUUGUGCGUGUAAAUGUCUCCUUGUCCUGAAUGCCUUUUGUUAUUUUUGACAUGUACUCCCUUCCUCUCACUACCUUUUAACUUGAACCCCACCCUGUUUAUUGUCCUGCUUGGUCCAUCCCCCCCCUCCUCCCUCCUCCCUCCUCCCUCCCCCCUCCUCCUUCCACACUGCCAUGAUGAGAACAGUUUCCUGUAGGCAACAUGCAGACUCCUCAAAUCCACCUCCAAUUUGGUCGUACAGCUCAUCCCUCAACAGCCAAGAAAACUGUGCAGAGGCACCCUGAGAUUUUUUUUUGCUCUGAUGAGCAAAGACGCUGCUAAACGAGGAACGAACUUUCUGUGCAGAAAAGUUUGUUCCACAGCAACAUGAAGCCAAACAGGAAAUGUAAGAGAUGUGUUUUCUAUCUGUUACGAUAGAAGGUACAUGACUAAGGUACAUGUGUGACAUGCAUGCACAUAGUCCCAGUCCCCCAAAUGCAUGAUGAACAAAACCCCACUAAACAGAAAUGUCUUUCUCUGGGUAUGUUGCCGAGAAGAUGAUAAACUGUCUGUUUAAAAAAAAAAAAAAAAAAAAGAGAGGUCAGUUACUGAUUUCAUGAUGUUUAUUCAUGAUUUCGCCCAUUUUAAAUGAAAUGAAAUGAUUACAUUUGGAAACUCGACCCUCAGUUAUUCAGGAAAUGUUCUGAUUAAACUUUAAGAGCUUCAUUUCCCCAACUACACACAGAACAGCGCUUUAUUCUGCACCUUCAAGGUUAUUUAUGCAAAAUGACAUUUGAAAUAUUAAAGGUCAGCAAAGUCAACAGUCUCAAAGCAGCACUACACUUUGAAUUAUGAAAUAACUUUUCCACUGAUUCAUGAGGCUCUGUAGCAUUUUCUCUCUGUAGCAUCUUGCAGUAGCUUGUAGCUAUAAUCUUAUUAAUACAUUAAAAUCAUUUUAGCAGUAAAAUUAUUCUGGGAAGAAGUGACACUGAAAAAGAAAGCUAUUAUAGUAUAAAACAUCAAUUGUACUUACAUUGUAGAUAUUAGACUGAUGGUCAAGGCUUCUUCAAACCUUUUUUUUCCCCCAGAAAAUUAGAACGUCAAUUUAAAGGCCUGAGCACGAAGCAGACGCUAAAUGAGCUACUAUAACAAUAAGGAGUGCCAACUCUGGAGGUUAAAACUCAGAUUUAAGCUGGCUAAUCAAACUGAGGCGAAUGCAUACCUUCUCCCGUGACCCCUUGAACUCGCCAAAACAUUGUGAUGCAGAGUUCAGGCCACUGCUGAAAAAAAGCAAUUAACUUUGUGCCAAAGGUUAAUAGCAUUUCUUCAAGCAAAAGAAUCAGCACAGACAUUGGAUUAUUUUACAUCCUUUCAUUGGAUUGAGCCGGAGUCUGCACUGCCCCCCCCCCAGGAAAUCUUUUCUCUCCCUGAUAUGAAACUAACACUGGGUAUUUGUCAGUCUCACCUGAAACACUAUAGAGUCACAGAUUACACUGGAGCUGUAUUUAACCACAGUGUUUGUUCAAAAAAAAGAGCGUCCACGUAAGCAGCGAGGGGGAUUAACGUUUAACCCUCAGCUCAACCUACAUUUGAGCUCGCAGAUAUCGGAUCCAGAAGUGAAUCACUAAUUCAAAGAUAAGUCAUCAUGUAUUAAAAUUGUAUGUGUAAGAACAGCUCGACCAGUUUAUUUCAUUAAACAUUCAAUGAAAUGUAUGAGAAUCUAGGCUAUUUUUAUUUUUUCCAUUUAACCAACUUUUAUGAUACUCUGCUGAUGGGAGAAAAAAAAAAAACAUAUCAAAUGAAAAACAUUGUAUCAUUUUAUGUUUUGAGCCAUGGUAUCUGUUUUU